CGUGCUCACAGUUCUGGUGAGUUAUCGUGUACGUUGGUUUACAAUGGGAUCACUUGUGAAGCUGUUGCUCCUUAUUGGAUUGGCCGGUGUGCAAUGUAAUGUAUGCAACUUUCGCUAUUGGAAGGGUAUGACGUGUGAGGGUAUCAGCUCCUUGGGCCAAUUGAAAACUGGCAUCCAGCAAUGCAUCGAAGAGGACAAGGUGGCAAUGGAAGACUUCGACAGUUUGGAACUUGAGAAAUGCGAGAUUGGAUUCCUUGAACCCAACACUUUUGAAGGUUACGAGCAUUUAAAAGUUCUAAAAUUCAGUACUAGCAACAUAACAAACAUACCCAAUGGAAGCUUCAAAAAUAUGAAGAAUUUAGAAGAAUUGGAAAUUGGAUCUAGUACAAUAGGCAACAUUGAAGAAAAGGCGUUUGGGGAAAUGUUCGGUGUAAAAAAUCUUCUAAUCUACAAUACCAAAGUACCCCACUUUCCCACGGGAUCAUUCACCGACAUGCACGCUUUAGUAGAAGUCAACUUCAAUGGCAACGAGUUGGAAGAAAUAGACGAAGGAGCGUUUGACAACUCGCCCAAUUUAGCCAAACUGCACCUUUACGACAAUAAGUUGACGAGUCUUCCAAAAACCCUACUCAGAAAACUGACUUCGCUUGAAACCCUUUAUCUCAAUGAUAAUUUGUUGGGUACGUUAGACGAAGACACGUUCAAGGGGUUGGCGAACCUGAAGACGCUCCACUUAGAAAGCAAUCAGCUGCAGUCCCUUCCAUUGAAACUCUUCAACGACCAGGAAUCCUUAAAAGAACUGCACUUGCAGAAUAUCGGUUUGAAAGAGAUAGCGGCGGACCUAUUCGCCAACCUGAAAAAUGUGAAAGAUCUCUACCUUUCCCUGAACAAAAUUGAAAAUCUCCCCGGGGACCUUUUCAAAAAAACUCCCAGUGUGGAGACCAUUGAACUUUCGGAUAAUCAACUUAGACAACUGGAUGACGUGUUCAAAGGACUGCCUGAGCUCACCAAGGUUAUGUUGAGCAGAAAUCAGUUGGCCUCAAUCCCCGACGGUGCGUUUUCCGGAUGCCCCAAGCUCUUAGAGGUUCGCCUUUCAGGAAACGAAAUCGAAAAAAUCACCUCUGGGACGUUUAAAGGUUUAAGCGGGCUGAAAGAGCUCGAACUGUACUCCAACAACAUGAGCGCCGUUGAGCCUUCGUCCUUUGACGACCUAACAUCGCUUAAGACCUUGAGCCUUGAGAAGAAUAAGCUCAAAUCACUUCCUUCGGGGAUUUUUGAUAAAAACGCAGAGCUCGAGUCACUAUAUCUAAGCGAGAACGAAAUCGUGACUUUGGAAAAGGGGAUCUUCGACAACUUGUCCAAUUUAAGGCGAUUGGAUCUGGAUAGUAACCGGAUUAAGAGUUUCGAAGGUGGCACUUUCAAAAACUUGAACCAGAUCGAGUCUCUGUAUAUUAGUAACAAUUGGCUACACAGUAUCACCCCCAAGAUGUUUGAAGGACUCACUUCGUUGACCUACUUCUACAUUUCUAAGAAUCCCAUUAAAGUCAUAGAUUGCUCAGCCUUCCAGGAGUUAUCAUCUUUAAACUCUUUUACAAUAGAAGAUUUCCACAUUGAAGCCUUUCCCUCCAGCUGCUUCUCUGGUUUGAAAAACCUGACCAGUCUCACGAUUAGGAACUCCAAGCUAAGUACACUGAAUAAAGGAGACUUCACCGGCUUGGACAGCUUGAAGAGUCUCUACCUGACGGAAAAUCACAUCAAGCACAUAGAAGUAGGCGCCUUUGAGGGACUUGCACAGCUGGAAACGCUCUCCUUGAAUGAAAACCAUCUAUCCAAAAUCAAGAAGGAGAUGUUUACCGGUCUGGAAAAGAUCGACAUGCUGGUCCUAAGCGACAACAAAAUUUCCUCAAUUGACUGCGAUCUCUUCGACUACUUCCCAAACUUGCAAUACCUGUACUUGGACGCGAACCAACUGCACAAGUUCAAAGGGGACGAGUUCGCCAUGACCCCAAACUUGACCCUACUAGAUUUGUCGCGCAACGCAAUCAAGAGCCUCCCAUCCGACAUUUUCAAAUCGCUAACGUCACUGACCACCCUCAAUAUCGAUUUCAACAAACUGAAGACGCUGGAAAAGGGAUCCAUACCUGUUGGACCCCAGCUGGAAUUCUUGAGUUUGGUUGGGAACGAUAUUGGCGACAUCAAACCUGGUACUUUCGAUGAUUUUAAGGUGCUUUCGCGCCUGGACCUGGCCAAUAACACCUUGAGCCAUAUCGAAGCCGACACUUUCAAGGGUCUUGCCAAUUUGUACGCCCUCAAUCUACAGUUCAACGAAAUUUCCGAUUUCAAUCUGAACAUCUUCAAGGAUCUUCCUAAACUGGAGCAGGUUCCAUUAGAAGGUAACAAGCUGGCUGCUUCCGUUCUCGAGGAAAUCAAAAAGAAGUAUCCCGCUCCCGAAUUCACUAUUUUAAAUGCUCACAUAAGUGCGUUAUCAGCCAUAAACAAACUCCACAACCUUCUCCUAUUUAACCUACCGACAAUACCCUUGGUGCACUUAGUGCUCGGAUCAUACUUUUUUACCAUGGCAUCAUUCCUGAAGCUGUUGCUCCUAAUUGGAUUGGCUAAUGUGCAAUCGAAGCACUGCAAUUACUAUCGCACUUCGAAGUCAGUACGCUGUGAAGAUAUCAAUUCCUUGGACCAAAUGAAGGAGGGUAUUCACGAAUGCAUUGAGCGCGAUAAGGUUUCUCCUGAAGAUUUCAUUGGAUUGGAGUUGGAGAGGAGUAAGAUUGAAUUUCUUGGUCCAUUUGAGCCCUACGAGCAUGUGAAGGUUAUAAGGUGUAAUUCUUGCGAUAUCGCGAAUAUACCUGAGGGCAGUUUUAAAAAUUUAAAAAACUUGGAGGCACUCCUCAUUGAAUUAGGUACAGUAGACAAUAUCGAAGAUAGGGCGUUUGAAGGCAUGUUCAACGUAUCCACAUUUUUAGUUUCUGGCGCUAGAGUGUCGCGCCUUUACAAAGAAUUGCUGGCCGACAUGCGUGCUUUAACAGAAGUUAGCCUCUACAAUGGCGGGUUGGAGGACAUCGAAGAACGCGCCUUUGACAGUUCCCCAAAUAUGAUCCGGUUGCGUCUUCAAGAAAACAAACUUGAAAGACUACCUAAAGGGCUGUUUGCAAAAUUGCUGUCGUUGGAAACAGUUGAUCUUAGCGAGAAUGCUUUGGUCGAGUUACAGAGUGAUACCUUCGAAGGAUUAACUAACCUCAAAACAAUUCGUCUGCAGGGCAACCGCUUGGAAACGUUACCCUCGCACCUGUUCCACGACCAGGGCACCUUAACAGAGCUGCACUUAGAGGACAACUGUAUGAAAAGUAUACCCGAUGGGCUGUUUGGUAACCUAAAAGGCCUUCAAGAUCUCUACCUAUCCAGGAAUAAGCUUGAAAGUCUCCCAGGCGACCUAUUCGGAAACUGUCCGGAAAUAGAAACCAUCGAACUCUCAGAUAAUCAGCUGAAAAAUCUGGACGGACAAUUCAAGGGACUGUCAAAGCUCAGCCGAGUUACCUUAACGAAAAACAAGCUCACGUCAAUUUCCGACGGCACCUUCGCCAACUGCUCCAAAAUUACCGAGCUCGACUUUACAGAGAACGAACUCGAGAAGAUCACAUCGGGGAUGCUCGCAGGUCUAAGCAAGUUGGAGAAGGUCACCUUUCACGCCAAUAACGUGAGCGUAAUCGAGCCGAACUCAUUCGAUGGGCUAAGCGAACUGGGCAGUUUGAACCUGGAGAAUAAUAGGCUUAAGUCGCUUCCGCGUGGAGCUUUCGACGGAAACGCGAAGCUGGUAUCGCUGUCCCUGAGCAGGAAUGAGAUCGACCGUUUGGAAAAGGGGAUCUUCGACAACUUGUCCAAUCUGAAACGCUUAGACUUGAACUACAACAAGAUUGGGAAUUUGGAGCCUGGGGUUCUGAAGAAUUUGGGAAAAGUUGAACACCUACAUCUUACCGACUGUCAGCUGAGCAGCAUAACUGCAAGCAUGUUCGAGGGGUUAAGUUCGCUGAAAUUCCUUUACAUCGCGAAAAACUCCAUUGGGCGGAUGGACUGUGGGGCUUUCAACGAUUUACCAUCCCUAAUUGUGCUCAAAUUGGAGAAUAUUAAUGUUGAAGAGCUCCAAUCCGGUUGCUUCUCGGGCUUGAGGAACUUAGAGUUUCUCACAGUGGGCAAAUCCAAACUGAAGCGGCUGACUAAAGGACUCUUUGCAGGACUGGACAGGUUGAUAUCUCUCACUCUGUCAGAGAACCUGAUCGAGCACGUAGACCAAGGCGCUUUUGACGGACUGGCCGAAGUUCGGACGUUAAUCUUGCGCGAAAAUCGCCUGUCGGAAAUAAAACGUGACAUGUUCAUGGGUCUUCAAGAGGUCGACAUGGUCGAAUUGGACAGCAACAAUCUCACCUCAAUCGACCAUCGCGGAUUCGAGCUUCUUCCCAAUUUGCGCCACCUAAGCCUCGAUGGAAAUAAACUUCACCCGUUGAGGGGGGACGAAUUUACCACCGCUCCCAACUUGGCCGACUUGAGCUUGUCGAAUAACGGCAUCGAAACUCUGCCCUCCGACAUUUUCAAGCCGCUAACGUCACUUUUGUCGCUUAAUUUGGGUUACAACAAGUUGGGGACAUUACAGAGGGGUUCGAUACCGGUCGUCCCUCGAUUGGAAGAAUUAAGCUUGGGCGGCAACGGAAUUGCCGAUAUCAAACCGGGUACUUUCGAGGGUUUUGGGUCAGUUUUAAUAUUGCGAUUGACUGACAACCCUUUACGACAUGUCAGCGGGGACAUGUUCCAGGGACUUACAAAAAUGUACUUACUUGACCUGGGGUCUAACGCAAUAAGUGAUUUGGACACGGACGUUUUCGAAAAUCUACCCGCGCUGUCUCGUGUGAUCUUGGAAGGCAACAAAGUCGAUGCUAAGGUUAUGGACGCAAUGAAGAAAAGGUACUCCUCAGGGCCAACAUACUAUUACAUGGAAAUCUGAGCUGUAAACUUUGUUUCCUAGUAAAGUGCUACUCAAGCAGU